AUGGCCGUCCGAUUAUUACAGCCCCUACUGUUGCUCGUUGCAAAUGUUGCCUUCUCACUUGGUCAUAACAUCCAAAAUACACCUACGCCAAAUGUUAGUUACUUUGGAACAAUGCAUCUAACUUUUGGUGAUUUCCUCAUCGUCGGCAAUACACCCACUGGUAGCCCUAUCAUCACCGCAACACAAGCAGGGAACAUUACCGGCCCUGAUUUUGAGGGCCAACUUGCACUACCAGCAGGUGAUUGGGCAUGGGUUGACUCUACCAAUCAUAUUCACAUCGAUGGACGGUACCAGUUCAAACUCACCGACGGUUCUAUCAUUUAUGUUCAAGCCACUGGCGUUUCACCUGCCACUGGAUCCGAAACAGACUUACCCACCAAGAUGUAUCUCAGGCCUUCUUUCUUAACUGGAGCUGAGAAAUACUUUUACAUGAAUUACAUGGUCAGCACAGCUCUUGUCAGGCGAAAUGGCUUGGACUUGACUCUCGAUAUUUGGGAGGUCACCUGGCCUGACGUUCAAAGAUGA